UAUUCACUCGCAUUCACAACUCAGGCUUGGAAGUAAAUAGUCGUAGCUCGCACAGAUCCACACCUCACACCAGGUAAUUAUGGCCAUGACAAGGUCCUUCUGUUUUGCAUUAUUUGUGGUCGUCGUGUGUGGCAUUUUUGGACAGGGGAGCACCUCAACUGCUUCUCUCGGUAACACGUUGGAGACAAUGAAAAGAAAGCUUGAAAACCUGGAGAGAGGUUUGCAACAAGUGCAACGGAGUAUAAAUCAACUGACAAGAUGUCAGGCUCCUUUUGUCCAGCUUGGCAGUAGCUGUUACCUCUUCUCCUAUAUGAAGAAAUCGUGGUCAGAUGCACAAGCCUAUUGCAGGAGCAUGUCCUCACAUCUGGCAACAAUUACUUCUUGGAGUGAAGACAAGAAAAUUAUCAUCUACGUACAGAAUAAUUUCCCAGAUUAUUUUACCUGGUGGAUUGGCGGUAACGACAUGGCGUCCGAGGGCAACUGGGUUUGGGUAGAGAACAAUAGGCGGGUUUCCUAUUCUAACUGGGGUCCAAGAGAGCCCAAUAAUGAGGAUAACGAAGACUGCAUGGAAAUUUUCCAUGACAAGAAACCCGAAUGGAAUGACCAUCUGUGCCAUCUGGCUCAUCAGUUUAUCUGCGAAAAGUGAACGUAAAAUUGGCCAUUCCAGUAGCAAGUUAUAUAACAGAUGAUUAUUAUUAUUGCUUCUUUUCCUUUUCCUACUUCAUGUGUCUCUUUCUAUACCUGAGAUAGGAAGUAUUUAAAGAGGAAAAUAGGGUGGGGGAUAAAUGGACAUGAACCUUCUGGCACAACUUCUAUCCUUGCUUUGACCAUCAUUACUGUAAUGUGGGAAUAAGGGCUGAUAAUAAAAGUGACAUUGGUUAUUCUGCUUUAUAUAUCCCAACAAGGAAUUUUUGAUUUGGUUUCUUGAAAGUUUCCUUAAGAUACGUCUCUUAAGAUAUUUGUCAGUAUAACCAAGGCAUAAUAAACCUCGAAGUAUCUUAACAUACGUCUUACAGUCAUCUUAUGUCUAUUUUACUUGGAAUAUGUAACUUGUUAAUAUAGAAAAAAACUGGUGGUUUUUUUUUUAAUUUUUAUUCAGAUUAAUUUAAUAUUUUGUUCAAUUUUUUAGAGAUUGUCCUGAUAAUAUGGAUGAAUAGUGCAGAAAAGUAGAGAAAAUUAUUCCUAAAAUCAGCCCCACAGUUGUUUACAUAUUGAAGUUACAGCAUUGCUUUUAAUUUGAUUCUUUUAUUUAUCUGUGUCGGAUAAGACUUCAUAGACUGUAUUCCAUUGUAUUCAGUAUUUACACUGGGGUUAUUAGUAGGAGGACUGCUCAUAUAACGAGAUUGAAUUUUUUGCAUAAAGUGUCGGCAUAGCUGGUGUUUACUACACGAGAGUUAUUCAGGCAAAUAAAAUCUACC